GUCUUCACUUCGUGCCUCUCAAACGAAUUAUUGGCCUUAAAAGCAAACCAAGUUUCUUCUAUUUGCUUGGAAUUAAUCAACAUGUGUGACGUAAGAAACACGAGGUUCUUCAGACCCUGGAACGGAGAGGAAGAUUCCAAACCCGAAGAAAAAGUUUCUUCAACUAUUACGGAAUCUUUAAGUUGUGAAGAAAGAGUGAAAUGUGAACCAGAAGAAGAUUCGGAAAGUGUGCACUCAAAUGACAGUGUUAGUCAACAAUCAGAAUGUGGAUCCAGAAGUAGUUUUCCUGCAAGAUCGUGCUCCACCCAUAGUGAAGAUUCAUCGGAAACGAGUAGUCUUAACAUGCUCAGUAAUUUCGUUUUCAAUGCACAUCCUGAAAAUCAUGCGAGUAACCAUUCGGCAACAAGCAAUGUUUCUGUGGAAUCUUGCAGACUAGAGAAUUCGCAUCAGUCAGCUUUUGCAAAUUAUUACAAUUCGUAUCCUGCCUAUUCUUCACCGGAUUAUCUAUCUCAUUUCAAGAGUGGGUUGAUGCCAAUUGAUUCUUCGGGAAUUCCAUUUGAUGGCUAUCAUCAUCUUCAUUAUGGAUUAACGGGGAUUCCACCAGAAGCCUAUUCGAGUGUGGAAGAAGCUGUAAAGUUUAUUCAUCAACAAGAUGUUGCUGCCAAGCAGAUGAAAAAACUUAGGCCGAAGAAGUUCAGAUGUGAACACUGCAAUGUGGCUUUCAGCAAUAAUGGACAACUGAAGGGACACAUCCGCAUUCACACUGGUGAAAGACCUUUCAAAUGUGACGCUGAGGGUUGUGGAAAAUCCUUCACCAGAAAUGAAGAAUUAACAAGACACAAGCGAAUUCAUACAGGGUUGAGGCCUCAUUCUUGUAUCGUUUGUGGAAAGCGAUUUGGUCGUAAGGAUCACCUGAAAAAACACACGAGAACCCACGAAAAUCGAGGACCUUAUCACAUACCAGGAGUCACCUUGGGACCUUUUGGAAUCGGUCAUCCGUUACCACCUGCCUAUCUUUAUCCACUUUAAUGUAAAUCAUAAAAAAUAUAUUUCUAAAUUCAUACUCCGGUGACUGCUAGAAGCUUUUCAUGUACAUACAGACAGAGAGAGAGAGAGAGAGAAUAAAAGUCAAAUUUCAUAUAUUUGAAAAAUAUUUAUACGUUUACGCGACUGAUUGGUGUCUAUGCAGAUUUGCCUUGAAGCUAAAUCAAUUAAGUCAAGUAUUGUCGAAGAUUGCCGGGAAAACGUUUUUUUGGCCAUUUUAAAUAGGGAGCACAAUAUUUUUGAUAAAUGUUUUUACCUGAAGAAAAAACGAACAUCUAUGUAGGAGCCAAAUGUUGUCCAUUGUAAAUUUAUAUUCGCGUUGAGUCAUGUAAAUAUUGUAAAUAGAAGAGAGUCUUAUGUAAAUACUUCGGAUUAUAGAGAAUAGUUGUCUAUUUUAAAUAAAAAUGAUUUAUAUGGUA